GAACCACCUUCCCCAUGUUCUUCUUAAAGCUCCAUGUAUUAAACACAUCUAAACAUUCUCUCUCUCUUUCUCUUUGCACCAAACUCUCAUAAGAAAUCAAAACUUCCAUCUUCUUUUAAACCCUUCCAUCUUUGUACUUUGUCCUAUGAAUCUAUUCCUUCAAUAUGUAGAACUUCAACGGGCAUCAUUCCACCGACGCUCCUAAUUUAUUAUUGUCACGCCCUUUCAACUUCGGUUAUAGAGUAACUGUUAAAAGCAAAAUGCAUCAAAAAGAUCAAAACUUGAAGUAAAAAGAGACAUGGGUUCUGCUUGUUUUACUACAUUCCUUCUGGGUUUCUUGGUACUUUGUUGUGGGAGAAAGCUCAACAUUAUGGGCUACUUGAUUCUUGUUAGUGUUCUUGUACUGGCUGUUUGUGCAUUUGCGGAGAACUCCUCAGAAAAUGAUUUGUACGUGAAUGGGAACAGCUCUAACUUCAUUACUUGGGAUGACAUGAAGGUGGAUGAGCUCCGGGUAAGCGUGAGAUCAGGGGAUGACUAUAACCGGACCAGGGUCAUUGUUGUUGAUAAGAAUGGUGGGGGAGAUUCUGUCACAGUUCAGGGUGCCAUUAACAUGGUUGCCGAAUAUAAUACUCAAAGAGUCAAGAUUUUCAUUCUUCCAGGAAUUUACAGAGAGAAGGUAAUUGUUCCGAAAACCAAGCCAUACAUCUCGCUCAUUGGAAAUGAAACUGAGGCAUCAAAUACCAUGAUUACCUGGAACAACAAAGCAUCAGACAAAGACGGCAAUGGAUGUGAACUUGGAACCUAUAAAUCAGCAACGGUCACCAUUGAGUCUGAUUACUUUUGUGCAUUUGGUAUCACUUUUGAGAAUUCAGUUGUUGCAGUUCCAGGAGGGCGGGGGUGGCAGGCUGUAGCACUGAGAAUUAGUGGGGAUAAAGCAAUGUUCUACAAAGUUCGGGUUUUGGGGACACAGGAUACCCUGUUAGAUGAACUUGGGACACAUUAUUUCUUUCGAAGUUACAUACAAGGAAGUGUUGAUUUCAUAUUUGGAAAAGGAAGAUCUCGAUAUCAGGAAUGUGUUCUUCAUUCGACCGCAAACAGAUCAGGAGCAAUAGCAGCUCACCACAGGAAUUCACCAGAUGACACAGGGUUUUCCUUUGUGAACUGUACUAUAAAUGGGACUGGUAAAAUUUACCUGGGAAGACCUUGGGGAAACUAUUCGAGAGCAAUAUAUUCAUACUGUUACUUUGAUGACAUCAUUACUCCUCCAGGAUGGACUGACUGGAACCACCCUGAGAGGCAAAAGACUUCAGUGUUUGGUGAAUACCAGUGCUGGGGAAGAGGAGCAGAGACAAAGGAUCGAGUGGCAUGGUCAAAGCAAUUCAACUAUCAUCAAGUAAGACCAUAUCUGGACAUGAAAUUCAUCAAUGGAGAGGAGUGGCUGAGACUGUGAUCCUUCCCUCACGGGGCAGAAAUUCAGGGCAGUUCACUUUUGCUGAGCUUCCCCUGUUUCAUCUUUCCAACUUUCUAUUCAGUUCCUUGGGAAAAAUCAAAAUGGACUCUAAACUCUGUACAUACAGACACCAUAAUGAAUAUAGUAUUCUAUA